UUAAGACAUGCCGAAGAUAGUGGCUGUAUUCGCCCUUAUAAUUCUAUCCCUUACCGGGAUAGAAUCGGCGAAGAUCCUGGCAUGGUUUCCAACACCAUCAAUAAGUCAUCAAGUGGUGUUUCGUCCUAUCAUCCAUGAACUAGCAAGACGGGGUCACCAGGUGGUACUGAUCACCACAGAUCCAGUACCAUUAGAUAAGAGCCUCGCAAAUCUAACACAAAUAGAUGUCCAUGACGUAUCAUAUGCGCAUUGGCAAGAAAUGCUUAUAGACAAGAGACUGGACAAGCAACAAAUGAUAGCACAGUUAAGAGCAUUCAUAGAAAGAUUCACAAUUGUGUUUGACAAACAAAAUGAAGUGCCAGAAGUGAAACGAAUUGUGAAAGAAGAAAAGGACAGCUUUGAUUUGAUAAUCACUGAAGCGUGUGUACGUGUGACAGGCGCGUUGGGGCACCAUUUCAAGAAACCAGUCGUACUUAUAAGUUCUUUUGGCUUACUAGCUAUACAGUAUAGUGCUUAUGGCGCUCCAUAUCAACCAUUCUUGUUCCCAACACCUGACCGGCAAAGGUUAUACAAUUUGACGCUUGCUGAAAAAGCUACAGAAAUAGUGACCAUGCUUACAGUAAGUGCUAUAGUGAGUACAACUGAAGAAUACGAUUACCAGGUAAUGAGGAAACAUUUUGGUGAAGAUGUGCCAAGUUUUGAUGAUCUGAGUAACCAUGUAAAACUGCUGUUGGUGAAUGAACAUCCACUCUGGGCGGAUAAUCAUCCUGUGGGACCUAACAUUAAGUAUAUUGGAGGUGUUCAUCAGAAACCGCAAAAUGAAUUGCCAAAGGAUCUGAAACAGUACCUGGAUUCUUCCAAAAACGGUGUCAUAUACAUAAGUUUCGGUACAAACGUGAAAACUUCUCUACUAGCUCCAGAAGUUGUUGAUGCUAUGAUCAAAGUGCUUUCUCGAUUGCCCUACGACAUUUUAUGGAAAUGGGACGAAGAUCUACCUGGUAAACCGAAAAACAUAAAAACAGCGAAGUGGUUCCCGCAAGCCGAUCUAUUGAGACAUCCAAACGUAAAGCUCUUUAUAACCCAAGCGGGGUUACAAUCAACGGAUGAAGCGAUCACAGCCGGAGUGCCUGUUAUCGGCAUGCCUGUACUGGGAGACCAAUGGUAUAAUGCGGAAAAAUAUGUACACCAUAGGAUUGGCCUUAAACUAGAUUUGUAUACAUUGACGGAGGAAUCUUUUAGUAACGCUAUACAGACUGUUAUUGGAGAUCCAAGUUACAAGAAGAACAUGCUCAAACUGAGCGCCAUAAUGCGGGAUGCGCCCAUCAAACCGCUAGAUAACGCUAUCUGGUGGAUAGAACACGUGAUCAAACACGGUGGUGAUCACUUAAGACCACCUGCCAUGGGCCUAUCAUGGACGGAGUAUUAUGAAAUCAAUCUAUUACUAUCAUUAUUAUUAAUAGUACUAACUUUUAAUAUGACAGUCUUCUUGGUGUUACGAUUUGUAUAUAGAUCGGUGAGAAAAAUGUACACUUUUAAUGUUAAAAUCAAAAAGAAGUAG